CGUCUUUGCUAUCAAAAUUGUCAUCUUACCAAAUUUGACGUCUGAGCAAGUCAGUUCAGUCCUUAUUGUUGUUCUCUUGCAAUGCAGCAUCUUGCCAUUCAGCGCGGCCUGCGCGCCUUGUCCACCUCCGCCUCCGCCGCGUCGACCACCACCACUGCUUCAGCUCCUGCCUCUGGCGCUGCUGCUGCGACCAAGCCGCUCGUUCUCGUGGAUUAUUACGCACUCAAUGAUGCGAGCAGCUACGCGGUCGUACAGCUCAAUCGCCACCCGGCAAAUGCACUCUCGCUCGAAGUCCUCGAGGAGCUCAAGCGGACCUACGCCGAUCUCAACCGCCGAGUCGCGAGCAAGCCUGCAUCGCCAUCGUCAGACAAGUCUGCUACCGCCACCACUGGCUCUGCUGCUGCUGCUGCUGCGGACACCAACGCACCAACCGGCCCCGUUCGCGCCGUUGUGCUCACGUCCGCCGUGCCGUCCUUCUUCUCGGCCGGAAUCGAUCUCGGUGAGUUCACCAAGGGCAAGGACCACUGGCUGCACUACUGGAAGACCCUCCGCGAGACAUUUUUGGACAUUUACACGGCCCCGAUGCCGACCGUCGCUGCAAUCAACGGCCACGCACCUGGCGCAGGCGCCGUGUUCUCGCUCGCGUGCCAUCAUCGCAUCAUGCUGCGCGGCAAGUACGGCUUUGGCCUGAACGAGGUGGCGGUCGGCAUGCCGGUGCCAGAGUGGCUCUGCACCGUUAUGGCUAACACCACAUCGGUCCGGACUGCCGAGCGCAUGCUUCCAUUCGGCAGCAUGGUCAACGCCGACACUGGCUUGGCGUCUGGGCUGGUAGACUCUGCCGUGGACUCGCCCGAGCAGCUGCGGGAGGCCGCGCUCAAGCAAGUUCUCGCCUUCAACUCGGUCAGCUUCUUUGCGCAGAGCUUCACCUACAAGAACAUUCGCAGUUCGUUUGCAGCUCACAUGCGUGCCACCGAGGACGAAGACAUGAAGAGCUCGUGGAGUUUCAUUGGCACGCCCGCGUUCCAGGACCAGCUGGCUCGUCUCCGGGCAUCCCUUGCCGCCAAAAAGCCACGCAAAGAUGCGUAACAGAAGUGUUGGAUUCGAUUGGUGAUUCCAUGCAUCGAACGCAGUAAAUAAACAAAUUCCGGUAGUUAUGCAAAGUGAUCA